GUGACGGGACGAUGGAGAGCGGCGGCGGCGGGGCCGCGGCAGCGCCCGAUGCGGGGCCGGCGCCUGGGCCCGGGCCAGGGGGCGAGCCGGCGCUUGAGGCCGGGCUGACUCUGGGGGCGGCGACGGCGGGGGCCCCCCUCGGCUACCUGCACGUCCUGUGGCAGCGGGAGGAGCCCGCGGGCAAGAUCCCGACGCGCCGCCUGCGCAGGGCCGCCCGGCUGCACCGCCGGCUGGCGCCGACGGGCAAGGAGAGCCACGCUCUGAAAAGGCUGCGUGAAGCUGCCAAUAGCAACGACUUGGACACAGUGCAGCAACUCUUGGAGGAUGGAACUGACCCUUGUGCCGCGGAUGACAAAGGCCGGACAGCCCUGCACUUUGCCUCCUGCAAUGGCAAUGAUCACAUUGUGCAACUGCUUCUGGACCAUGGGGCUGACCCAAACCAGAGGGAUGGGCUGGGAAACACUCCCUUGCACUUGGCUGCCUGCACGAACCAUGUACCUGUCAUCACCACGCUGCUGCGCGGAGGGGCCAGAGUGGAUGCCCUGGAUCGGGCUGGCAGAACCCCGCUGCACCUCGCAAAGUCGAAGCUGAACAUCCUGCAGGAAGGGCUCUCCCACAGCCUGGAGGCCGUACGCCUUGAAGUGAAACAGAUUAUCCAGAUGUUGCGGGAGUACUUGGACCGUCUGGGGAGACACGAGCAAAAGGAGCAGCUGGAUGACCUCUGCUCCAGGUUGCAGAUGACUAGCACAAAGGAGCAGGUGGAUGAGGUUACAGACCUCCUGGCCAGCUUCACAUCCCUCAGCCUGCAGAUGCAGAAGAUGGAGAAAAGGUAACGGGCAUCCAAAUCAUCUUCUUGAUGCCUUAGAGAGAAAAAGAAUGAAGCUGAAGCUUGCUUCCCAGAUUGCUGAAUAAACAUUGCUGCCAGCGGCCGUUCCUGCCAGAUCCACUCUCUGGUGGUGCUCAGACUGUUCCUGCUGGUGCAGCUCACGGGGAGGCAGCAGGCUUUGGACUACAGAGGCAACAACAGAGUACUACAGCUCAGGCCUUUAGGGUUAAAAAUAAAAAAAAGGCUGCUCUUCUUUUUAUGAGACAAGCUGGCUCUGAAUAGGAUACCCCUUCCAGAGAGAUUUCUCCUCCUCCUCCUAAGCGCUUCAGCUCCAUGCAAGUGGUGGUUGACUCUGAGUGCAGUCACCAGCCCUGACUAGUGCACUCAGCAGCUGGCCAGCAUCACAGAGAGCGAGCCUUGGGACAGGCACCUUUCACCACCUCUGCAGAACUCCGUGGCAUGGGGGAGAAGGUGGAUGCCCCAGACAACAGAAGGCUUUGUGCCUUGAGAAGAAGGCAUACUUGAUUCUGUUUGCUGGCAGUUGAGCAAAUAUUCAGCCUUGAGGAACACAUGCUGAGGCUUAAUCCUAACCUUCCCCAGAGCCUGUGGGCAGAGGGCAGAGGAUCUGACUGGUUGCAAAUGAGAUACAAAGCUUUUUAAUCACUAGACUCGCAGCUUUCCCUGGUCCUGGGUUUUAAGUCACUGCUGCAAGUUAGUGCUUAAAUACUUACAGUGAAAAACAUACCUAGGUAGACAAGUAGCAGGUCAGGGCUGCCCUGUUGCAAGAAUAAGGUUAGGGGGUAACAUAAUCCUAGCAGUUCUAGACAGGCAGCUACAGCUUGAAAAAAGAGAAACAACCAACCCACCACAACUGACUUCUGUGUUUCCCAGUCUCGGGUUAGAGGUCCAGUUGCAACGAGAGGUGGUGUGUUGUCAGCUGUGUUACUAGGCUGGGAUGGAGUUGGAUUCACAGCUGCCUCAGCAACGCCAAACCCAGAGCUGUCCCAUACUGUGUUUCUUGCGUGUGGUGGAGAGGUGCUGCUCUGGGACCUGAAGCGCAGCGUGAGGAGCCAGUUCUGACCUCUGCUGGGAGCCUGGAGUGAUGCAGCCAAGAAGGAUCCAGGGAAUUGCCUUUGCUUAUCUCUUGCUUCUGCCCCACUGCGGUUAAUAAGGAAGAUGCAGCCAGCUUUGUUUUGAAGCAGGGAUCCACAGAUCUUGUUGGUAAGGUGCAGGUAGCAGCACGGUGACAAGAACAUGACCAAUGGCAAUCUGAGUUCCCAUCUGUGUCCAACAGCUGGUUGACACGGUGUGUUGAAGGUGAUACCCACCCCCCAGCUUGGGAAUGGCUGGUUUGGAAGUGUUCUUUUCUUAGGAUUCUGCUUAACCAGGCAACAGCCAAGUCUGGGGUAUUCUGCAGCAACCUUCAUGUCAGCAUGGUCUCUAAUAUCUGACCUCAUGUCCAGGAAGAGGCGAAGUGGACCUUUAUCUUCAAAGCUGAGAUGCCACAAGUAACAUUUGGCUUUUAGAUGGGUUCAGCCGUGGGGUGCUGGAGGCCAUGACUGGGCCUGCUUGGUUAGCUUAUGCUGGAUGGGAGGGACAGCAAAGGGAUGGGAGACAAUCUGACCUUUUUCUAGUUUGAACUUCAAUAAAAUCCUGUCAGCCUUUUCAGACUCCC